AGUUGAGUUUAUUAAAUAACAAAAGAGGCAUUGAGUUGCUCGACCACAAGUGAAAGAACAAAAACGCAAAUUCAAGUGAAGCAGUUAUGGAAAAGAAGGUUAAGAAGAAGGAGGCUGUGAACAAUGAAAUCAAAGACGGCAAUAUUUUUGCCUCUUGCUCUUUCUCAAGCCUGGGACUUCAUCCUACCUUAUGCGACGAGCUCCGGGGAAGAAUGGGCUUUGAAGUCCCAACCUCAAUACAAGCCCAAGCCAUUCCUUUUAUUCUCUCAGGGCGUCAUGUUCUCGUUAAUGCUGCCACGGGCACCGGGAAGACUGUUGCAUACUUGGCUCCAAUUAUUCAUCAUUUGCAGAAUUAUGAUAAUAGAAUCCAACGGUCUGAUGGAACAUAUGCGUUGGUUCUUGUACCAACGCGGGAGCUAUGUUUGCAGGUUUAUGAAGUUCUUCAAAAGUUAUUGCAUCGAUUUCACUGGAUUGUACCUGGGUACAUAAUGGGUGGUGAAAAUAGAUCAAAAGAAAAGGCCAGGUUGCGCAAAGGCAUAUCGAUUCUUGUAGCAACUCCUGGGCGCCUUUUAGAUCACUUGAAGAACACAUCAUCAUUCUUGUACACAAAUUUGCGCUGGAUAAUCUUUGAUGAAGCUGAUCGGAUUUUGGAAUUAGGAUUUGGAAAGGAAAUUAAGGAAAUACUAGGUCAUUUAGAUACCAAAACAGGUGGUGCUAACCGAGAGAAUGCAUUUUCAAGGAACUCUGAAGCUCUGAGACAGAAUUUGCUCUUAUCAGCUACUUUAAAUGAAAAAGUGAAUCAUCUUGCUAAAAUUAGUCUAGAGAAUCCUGUGAUGAUUGGUCUUGAUGGCAAAAGGACAGAACCAAGUUCAACGAUUGAGAGCUGUAGUUCUUCAGAAUCUGAUGAGGAGAGUGAAGACAAUGAAGGGAAGUAUCCCAGCAACAUGCUGCUCACACCUGCUGAUGAUUAUAACGUUCCCUCACAAUUGAUUCAGAGAUAUGUUAAAGUACCUUGCGGCACACGUCUUGCUGUUCUUCUUUCAAUUUUGAAGUAUCUUUCUGAAAGGGAAGCUUCACAAAAGAUUGUGGUAUUCUUUUCGACGUGCGAUGCAGUGGACUUUCACUUUUCACUGUUAAGAGAAUUCGAGUUUUCUUAUCCACAAUCAGAAGCAGAUGCGAGACAGAUGUUUCAGGGGAGCAAAGUGUUUCGUUUGCAUGGGAACAUGGAUCAGGAGGACCGGAGGAAAACUUUUCAGUCGUUUAAAACAGGGAAAUCAGCUCUGCUGUUUUCCACUGAUGUAGCUGCUAGAGGGCUGGAUUUUCCAAAAGUCAGAUGCAUUAUACAAUACGAUUCUCCAGGGGAAGCCACUGAAUAUGUGCAUAGGGUUGGUAGAACUGCUCGGCUGGGUGAAAGAGGAGAGUCAUUGUUAUUUCUGCAGCCAGUUGAAAUAGAUUAUCUACGGGACUUGGAAAAACAUGGUGUAUCACUAACUGAGUAUCCUCUCCUCAAAGUGUUAGAUAGUUUCCCACCGUAUGGGCAAAAGAAGCACACCAAGAAUUUUGUUGUCAUUGAGUCACAUCCCUGGAUCAUUUGUCUCCAGAAGGCACUUGAAUCCUUCGUCACGUCUAAGCCCAACAUUGAUAAACUUGCCAAGAGGGGAUUUUGCUCUUGGGUCCGUGCCUACACAGCCCAUCGUGGUGAGCUGAAAAAGUUGUUUAUGAUCAAGAAACUCCACUUGGGGCAUGUAGCAAAAAGCUUUGCACUUGUACAACAACCUUCCUUAGUUGCAAAAUCAUACCAGAAGCAAGCCAAGAGGAAGAGGUUUCAGAGGCAAAGCGGGCUAGCUAAAAAGAGAAAGAUGACCGGUGUGACAUAAGACAGACCCUGGAAGUGGCUAAUUAUACGACCUGAAGAUAACGGUUGCUGAAUCUUGUUCAUUCAAGUGACUGAUGAUGAAAAAAUGGUGAUUGCGGGUGUAUCUUGAGAGGCCAGAAUUUUGACCCCAUUUGAUUGGAGUUGGCCUUUUGAAGUUUCAGAGAAAUUUACACCGUCAAAUUUGGUGAAAGUAUUCAUUUUAGGUUGCAUCAUCGAUGGAUCUCACUUAGUUUCUGAUUGAGGUUCUGAAUCAUCAUCUUUUGUCAAUCUCCUCAUUUGUCACGCGUGCAUGGCGAUGAGGCCUUCAUGAUGUCAGUGCUGUGUGAGUGACGCUUGUAUCUAUACUUCAAUAUGCAGGGUGAUUACUCUAAGCUGAUAUGCAUGUUUAUGCAUGUUUAAAGUUCAAAUCGUACCUAUCAAUGUAAAAGUAAAAUCCAGGUCAUUGUUACUGUGCUAUAUGCACUAGCUUUUGUGCUUUUUUUCUU